UAUGGUGAUUUUUUAUAAAGAAAUAUAAAAAUCGAGGCUGCUUCAAAAUAGCAAUAAUCCAUAAUGAGAGUUCCUGAAUCAGAUCAAGCUCGGUUUGUGAUCCGAAACGGCUCUAAGCAAAGGUUUGGACUCUCGUUCUGACGGCACCCAUUCACCGCAACCAGAGACGGCGCGUGACGCAGUGAAUUCGGCGGGAAAUUCUGAAGCAGAACGACUGAAACGGUAUAAACCAUUUCAGUCAUCUUUGCAAAAUCAUUUUCGGUAACGCUUGAGGAGAAAGGGGCGCUCGAUCCCGAUCCUGCAGUGAAUUAAACCGAAUGUUUACACGGAACGGAUGAUAGGGCAAAGGUCACGGAUACGCGCUUUCCUUCCGUCUCUCUCUCUCUUUUCUCUCAGUGUGAUCGUCAGAGACUGGCGGACACCAUCCUCGUGGCGUUUUUCCCAAAUUUGCUGCAAAUCUCGACGCCGUUCGCUGAAAGGCCCGGGAGAGAGAGGCCACCAGGAGGAAUCUCAAAACCAUCUCCCCGGAGAAGACCAAUCAGCCAAACUCUAGGCGUGUAAUCGUUCCAUCCCCGCUUCGAACCUUUAUGAAGCCCCGCGCCGCGUCAUUUCUCGAAGCAUGUCAUAGACGGAUGUGAUUAGCAAACUUGAAAAUGCAAAAAGACAUCCCCUGAAACCAAAUGCAUUCAGAAUCCUAUUAAAAAUGGAAUUAUGUCUGUGAGCGGACUAUGAAUCCUGAAUCCCUAUCUCCUCUCGAACAGUCGCGCAGCGUUUUUCUCCCCCUCACAAAAACCUCUUUUCAGCUCCCCGGAUUCAUCUGAAAGCACAAAAAGAUUGCCCCGAACUUCCGAAGAAAUGCGGGCGAAACAUCAUCAUAAAUUCGAUAGGUGCGUACGAUAAAUCCGUGAAAUAUUUAGCUGCAAUGAGUCUAACAGCUGGCCGGAACCGGCCCGCCGCCUGGAGACGCUCGCCCCGGUGGGCAGGAUCUGGAUUCAGAUUAAAGAUGAAUGCAUUAUCCUCCUGCUUUGAGAGAUUCCUGAUAAGAGAUGGACGGAUGGAGGAAGGCAGACAGAUUGUGAGAAUGAGGGAAAGUGCUUUUUUUACCCUCCUCCACCACCACUUUUAAUCAACGUUUCACUUUCAUUUCUAAGGCCCCGCGGUGUGACAAAUUAAUUUUUAUAAAGCACACGUUCCCUGUAGUCUCUCAAUUAAUGAGGCUGCGAAAACUCGACGCGCAUAAAUAAUAAUAAGACAAUCUGAAAGCACUUUCAGAAGGGGUUUUAAAGGGAUUCGGCUAUUUUGGGAGGUGCGGCGCCGCAGGACCGGAUCAAUGAAGAUGGAGGGAGGCCUUAAAUGAAUAGCAGGAGGCGCUCGACUUGCAAGUUUGGAAAACUGUCGCGCGUUUUCAAGGUUCCCUGGAGACGCACGUUUAGAAAGAGAUCUGAUGAGUUCCUCCACAGGACGCGCUUCGCAGCGGAGUCUGGCCCAAGCACACGCGCUCGAGCUCGCGCGUCUCUGUGUUUCGCGGCGCGCACGGUCACGGCUGAAAAUGCUGCAAUGCACUGGACGAAAUCAGCGUUACGUGCCGCUCAUCCAAAUGAUGAAAAUGAUUUUCGGAGGACAGAAAUGUCACGUCACCCUCCUCAAUCUCAGACAGACCUUUAAAGCUCAUACGCGCGCUCCUGAAAAAAAAAAACACUUCACCCCUAACGGGAACGAAGCGUGCUUUUAUUUCAGCCAGCGCGUUGGUCGCGAUUUGUAUAAAGACUGAUUUGCCGUCCACUCAAACAGGAGAGAGCAAGUGAAAUGUCCUUUUCUUUGUCCUGCCGCCCUCCCCUCACGCGCGCGCAAAGCCCGAGUCGGGCUGCCGAACGCUCUCUCCGUAUCCGUCGCGACGCGUUGAAUACCGCGUGCGUCGGACCCGCGCGGAGGUGUGCCGGGCAUUCGCGCGCGCUGUAAAUGUCAUUGGCGCGUGCGUCUGUCGCGGGAGGGGUCGGAGACGAAGCUGCGCGCGGAACAAGUGACUUUGCGCUUCAGUUCAGAGAACCUGAUGAUGAGCGGCGCGUCUCUCUCCGAGCGCAGGUGCGCUAAGAUGGAGCGAGGACUCUCGCUCGCGCAGAUAUUUGGAGGCACGCUGAUAUGCAUCUCGCUGGUGUCACAGGUCGUUUCUGAGGAACGGACGGUGAGGUAUAAGAUAUACGAGGAGGUCCGGCCGCCGACGGUCAUCGGAACUCUAGCCAGCAACGUAACGUGGACCCCGGACAAAACGCGCAGGACUUUCCCGGGAAUCAGGUUUAAGCUCAUGAGCCCCUCCACCGGCUCCUUCAUCCGAUUCAGGGAAAGCGACGGGAGGCUGACGGUGGAGGAGCGCGUCGACCGCGAACGCAUCUGCAAGCGCAACCCGCGGUGCGUGAUCACUUUUGACGUCGCGUUCGUGUCCGCCGAGCAGUUCGAGCUCUUUCACGUCGAGGUGGAGGUGCUGGACGUCAACGACAACUCACCGGUGUUUCCGCGCACCGACUGCACCGUCGAGAUCUCCGAGAGCGCGGCGCUCGGGACGCGCGUCGCGCUGGACGCCGCCGAGGACGCGGACGUGGGCUCUAACUCCAUCCAGACCUACCAGCUGAGCGAGAACGCUCACUUCAGCCUCGAUGUCAUCACGCGGGUGGACGGGGUUAAAUAUGCGGAGCUGGUGCUCGUCAAAGAGCUCGACCGCGAAUCCCGCGCUUUUUUCGCGCUCAAACUCGUGGCGGCGGACGGCGGGAAUCCGGCGAAGAGCGGCGCCACUAACGUCACCGUCAAAGUGAAGGACGCCAACGACAACAGCCCGCUGUUUGACCACAGCCAUUACUCCGUGGACGUGCCGGAGGACACCCCUGUUGAUUCGCUGCUGCUGGACUUAAACGCCGUCGACCCGGACGAGGGUCUCAAUGGACAAGUCGUUUACGAAUUCGGCAAACAGGUCACAACCAAGAUCAGGCAACUGUUUAAACUGGAUUACAAAACUGGACAUCUGACUUUGCAAAGCCCUGUGGACUACGAAGACGAGACCACGUAUGAAAUCGACGUGCAAGCCAGCGAUUUAGGACACAACCCCGUGGCCUCGGUGUGCAAGAUCAUCGUCAACAUCAGAGAUGUGAACGACAACCCGCCUGAAAUAAUCAUCACGUCUAUCACGUCAGUAACAGAUGGCGUCGCACAUGUUAGCGAAGCUACAGGUCCAGACAUCCUGGUGGCUUUAAUUAGCAUCAAAGACAAGGACACGGGAGCGAACGGGCAAGUGAGCUGCACUCUGAACGGCGGACAUGGAAAUUUCAGGCUUAAAAGAGCGUACGAAGGCAGCUACACGAUAGUCACCAUGGCUCCUUUGGAUAGAGAGAAGAUCGCGGAGUAUAAUUUGACUGUAGUGGCGGAGGAUUUCGGUGUACCGCCGUUACGCACGGUAACUCAUUACAUUAUAAGGCUUACGGAUGUCAACGACAACGCGCCGACGUUCAGCGCCAAGAUAUACGAAGGCUUCAUUGAGGAGAAUCAACUCCCGGGUACCUACAUCACUACGAUUUUAGCCAGCGAUCAGGAUUCUGGGCUUAACGGGGAGAUAACCUACGAGCUUUUCGAUUCGGACACCAACAGCGUCUCCAGGUUCGCGAUUAUGAAUCAAGCGGGGAACGUUUACGCCUUGCAAAGUUUCAAUUACGAGGUCACGAAGCGCCUCGACCUUCGCGUCCAGGCCAGCGACCGAGGGUGGCCUCAACUUCACAACAACGCCGUGCUGAUUAUCAACGUGGUCGACCAGAACGACAACGCGCCUUCGAUAACGCAACCCCCGCUGGUCAACGGGUCCGCCGAAAUCCAGCUUCCCAGAGACGCGCCGCCCGGUUAUAUCGUGACCCGAAUCGCGGCGAAAGAUUCGGACGCCGCUCUGAACGCGGAGCUCACGUACAAACUCUACGACGGCGGCGAUUUCGGUUUCGCCAUCGAUCCGAAUACGGGGGAAAUAUACAUCAACCGGAAAAUCGCUUACGACGAGUACGACUUAUGGAAGGUCCUGGUGACGGUUAACGACAACGGCCACCCGUCGCUAACCUCGACAGCCACGAUUCAUUUCACCCUAACCGAGUCCGCGCCCUCGAACGGCAACUUUUACGACGAAAGAGAGGACGGCGAACCGAAACAAUGGACGCUUAUUUUAAUCUUGGCUUUGACGAGUUCCUCGCUGCUGUUUUUGGCUAUUUUAUCGUACAUACUAUGCAAAAGUCGCAAAAACGGUCAGAAGAGACAAGCUAGCCUUCCCGAUGCGGUGGAUAUUCCGUACGAUAAAGAGCACAACGCCGUGUCGGUGAUCUCCAGCCAGACCGCCAAUGUGUUCGACACGCAUGCGUUUCACUCCACGACCGUCAUCGGCACGCCUGAGAAACUACACAACAGCGUGCAGGCGACGGCCGAAGUUUUUAACGAAACCCCGCAGACCUUCAAAAGCAAAUAUAGGAGCGUGGCGGGGGAGAUAGAUGGAUAUUCCACUUUGCCUGGUUACGGGAAAGACAACGCUCGACCCAUCACGGUGUGGAAAGGAAACUCCAUGAUGACCAUCGCGGUCCGAGACCCACAGAUCAGCGGCAAAGACAGCGGGAAAGGAGACAGCGAUGUUAAUGACAGCGAUUCUGACAUCAGCGAAGGCCUCAAGAAAGACUACACCUCAUAUAAAGGGCUGUGGGCCUGCACCAGCGAGUGCAGGAUCCUGGGUCACUCGGACAGGUGCUGGAGCCCGUCCGCGAGCAGGACCGGCGGGAGCACCGCCAGCAGACACCUGUCCACCUUCUCGAGGACGAGGCCGUCCUCACACGCCACGCUCCAGAGGAGCAACUACGACAGCAGGAGCGUGGCCCUGCACAGCCUCACAGAAGACCAGCAGAGUCCGUACGAUUACAUUCACAUCUGCUCUCCGCAGUCGCAGCGGAGACGGGACUCGGAGAACAGCGACGUCUUCACGCACUCCACCAAACCCAUCUCCACGGACAGCCCCGGCAGAUUCACGCAAGCCUGAGACCUCACCGUCAGGAGUCCGCUGUACAUAUUACCUUCGAUGUUUUGUAUAUACAAAUUAUAUUUUUAACAAUAUUACCUGUUGUUUUUUUCAUAGCAUGUUUUUUGGAUGAAUAUAAUGUGAUUGUGUUUGUCACUUUUUUGCUACCUGGUCUCACGGCGGAAGCGGCCGCGAAAUACGUACCAAUGAGUACAUAUCGCUGCAGUUUCCAAAAGAAAUGAACACUAGAGGAAGUAAAGGAGUACAGAGAUGUUCUUGUUCAAUCCUGCUUCAUCAAAAGGAAGCUGAAAGGACACGGUUGUAUCAACAAAUGUGUUUUUAUAUCAGGUUUGCAUUUGUUAACGCUAUUAGUUGGUGUAGGGCGUAUUUCCGACACUAUAUAGCUUUAACUUGUAGCGACAGACCCCAUAUAUUUCGAUUCUGAUAACUACAUCAACGUUUCAAAACGUGCCAGGGUGCACGUAUUGAACCUGUGUUUUAGCUCCACCCAGUGGGCAUUUCUCUUCGAAACCGCCGCAAAACUUGCAUAAAAAGCGCACAUUUUCAAGAGACCAGGUCGCUUUUUGGUCACAUUGUAACACACAAAAUGUCAUUUUUAAAGCUAUAAAUGUUACACUUUUAUAACGUUUACUUACACGAGUUUCUUUUUAAGAAAUGUGACUAUGAGAAAUAAAAUAAGUUAUUGUACAAUCUACAACGCUUUGCAUUCUUGAUCGUAAUUUGUGACCUGAAAAACUGUUAAAACGUAAGGCAUCUGAAUAUAUAUUUUUCAAUUUGUCGAAAAUUUUAAUUAUAUUCAAAGGUUAAAUGUACGAGGAGCAAACUGUGACACGUUAGCAUUUUUUUAAGCGGACCUUUUUUAGAACAUUUGUUCGGACUGAGCAAAGUUGCUUCUCUUUAAGAAAUGAACACGUAAGAAAUAAAAUAAGUCACGGCGAGGUAUGAUAUAACAAACUGAAUUGUCAUUUUUACCACUUUUGUAACGUUUACUUUUUUUCAAGUUUCGUAUUUACAUUUUAUCGGCUGCAAUCAAACUAGUGACCUUGUUACUUUGAAAGAAAUGAAAUGCUAUUUUAAUAAAUGAAAACAUGAGGAAAAAA